UAGAAAUCGUAUAGCAGCGAUUGAUAAAAGCAAGAUACAACCAUAAAAACACAACUUACAAAUAGUUACAAUGUCAUUGUUGUAUUUCGCUACAUGGAUAAACCUAUCCUGAUCUACCCCAUAAAAUAAUGGUUGUACCACGUGCCAGAUUGUUAAUCCGGUCAAGGAUACAACACUAACCUUCAGUUGAGACCCUCAAAUCUUAAACCUAAUAAUAAUUAGAUCUACUAUGACUGAAUCUUCUUGGACCAUACCUGCCAAACUGACGAAUACCUUCAAUGAAGUCGUCGCCGUCGUAUCUGCAUAUAUCACCGACAAAACCGCCGCCAUACUAGCAAACAUCAACAAAGAUGCUGCCGCCAUACCUGCAAACAUCGAUAAAGAUGUUGCCGCUAUACUGUAGAUAAUAAUCUACAAGCCGUUUAUUGAAAUUAAAUUAAAACACAAUAAAAAGGCUAAAGGAUAUUUGUAGAAUUAUUUCCCCCAUUCUUCUAUGGUGAAGAUGGGGGAAGAUUGUUUUUUUUUUUUUUAAGGGUUUGAGGGUGAGGGAGAGGGAGGCGGCAAUCUGUUCGUAGUUGAUAAUGUUCUUUGCAGUUGUGUAUUAUUGAAUAUUAGGGAUUGGCCUCUUAAAAAUACGAAAAAUUAUGCAUUCUACUUCAUCCAACCUUGAUAAUUUGAAUUAUUUUCUUUUUCUGGUACUUGCGAAAGAGAAAUGUUAUCAAAACCAAAUUGAGUGAAAAUGGUGAAAAAUAACUUUGGGGUGUUGAGACCAUUGGUACUACAUUUUGAGCGUCAGAUUCGUCUCGAACGUUUCUUCUAGUUGAA